ACGUGGCACGGUUGUUGUGUCAGACAGACUGACAGGAAUCAUCUGUUCAGUUUCUUGAACUCUAAUGACCUCCACAGUCUCCUAAUCUCAAUCCAAGUGAUCACCUUUGGGAUGUGACCAGGAAAUUGGCAUCAUGGAUGUUCAGCUGACAAAUCUACUGCAUCUGAGUGAUGCUUUCAUGUCCGUAUGAACCAAACUCUCAGAUGAAUGUUUCUAGUACCUUGUUGAAUCGAUGCCACCAAGGAUUAAGGCAGUUCUGAUACUAACAAGGUGUACCUAAUAUUAAAGUGGCAGGGGAGGAUCCUUGAACAGCAUGGCAACAUGACGCUAUAAAGAGUGAGGCACACCCUGCCGUGGCCAAGAGUCAGGUCUCCUCUCCCAGCAGCAGCAGCAGCCAUGCUCAGCCUCAUCAAAGUGCCUCAAGUCCUCACCAUCCACCAAGUCCCCAAAGUUUUCCAAGAGGACUGCAUCAUUUCAGGAUACCGGCAGCCCCGCAGCUCAGCGGUCGACUGCAUCCUCAGCCUCUUCCAGCUGACCAAUGAGACGCUCAACAUCUGGACACACUUUCUGCCCACCUGGUACUUCCUGUGGAAGCUGGUGACUGUGGUGCUGAUGCAGACAGCAUGGCAGGACUCCUUCACCUGGCCCCUGCUGGUCUUCCUCUCCUCCUGCUGCAUUUAUCCUCUGGCAUCCAGCUGCGCACACACCUUCAGCAGCAUGUCUGCGCGGGCGCGCCACAUCUGCUUCUUCUUCGACUACGGCGCCCUCAGCUUCUACAGCCUCGGCUCUGCAGUCGUUUAUUCAGCGUAUGUUUUCCCUGACAAGUGGGCUAACAGCUACUUUCACCAGUGCUACAUUCCCAUUGCUGUGUUUAACACCAUCAUCUGCACCGUGCUGGCAUGUUACUCCAGGCUGGGCUUGCCGUUUCUGCAAUAUAACCAUGACGUCACAAGGAGGUUUCCUGAGUGUCGGAGUCCAAAGUUCAGCAAAUUUCUCCGUGUUAUAGCAUUUGCUUACCCAUACCUGUUCGACCACAUCCCUCUGUUCUACAGGGUGUUCCUGUGUUCAGGUGAAGGCUGCACUGAUAAUGAAACCAACAAGCUGCACUACAACCACGUUGCCUUGGCUUUCCUCACAGGCUUUCUGUUUGCGACACAUUUACCUGAGCGUCUGGCUCCCGGCAGCUUCGACUACAUCGGCCACAGCCACCAGCUCUUCCAUGUGUGCGCCAUCCUCGGCACCCACUUCCAGAUGCAGGCUGUGGAGCAGGACAUGGCCAUACGGCGCCCCUGGCUCUCCUCAAACUCCAUUCCCAUCACAUUUGCCAACUCCAUGGGCCCGGCGCUGCUCUGCGUGGUCCUGAACUGCCUCGUCAUCGCCCUCUUCAGUCUACCUCUUCUCUCUGGUCCACGAGGAAAGCAGCUAAAGAAAACAUAAGUCCUCCUCCUGAGACCUGAGCAGUCUGGUGUGCUGGAGACCAGGAGACAGAAAUGUUGGGGAUCAUGUUUUUGAACAGGUGCAUAAAACUAGCUCAUUUUUCCAGAUUCGUGCUGCUGCUGCUGCUACCAGACAGCUGGAUAGAAAAGCACAAUUUUCACAAAUAACUUUAUUGCAAUGCAAACAAAAGCAAACAUUUGAACUUUGCAUUGCAAUACAUUUGCUUCUAAGGAAGUUUGAUGCAGAGAUACAGAAACAAUGUGGCAUUUUUGCCUCAUUUUGUAUUUAAAUCUAUUUUAUCUUAAUUCUCUGAUUUCCACAGUUGUGGCAUGUAUGAAGAGUUUUUAUUUUUACUGUUUAAAAUUCUUUUUCUACUUGAGAAAUUUGGAUUUUAAAUGUGUACUUCAGAGUAUUUGUAAGAUUUGUGCUUGUACUCGGCCUAUUGGACUAAUCUUUACACAGACAUCUAAUGUUUUGUUCCUGAGAUUAAGUUACUGGGAAACACUGGACCUCAGGACAAAGGAGGAUGUCUACGACUUGUUGCACUGAUCAUGAAAGGAAUGUAUUUAAACAAAUAGUUAUUUAUUGUAUUUUUUAAAUUUCA